AAGGCCACAGGAAAAGGGAACCAGAAUGCAAGGUUGCUUUGGUCACUGCACUUGAUAACAACUGAAAUACAAAAUGUCUGUAAAUAUUUAUGAAAGAGCAGAUAUUGUUGAAGUCAAACAGAUUCUGACUGAGCAUAUGGACACAUACGAUAACACCUCCACACUGGACUCUAUCGGAGGAGGCUGGGGAACGGAAAGGAUCGAGCAAAAAGGGGCAAGGCCCUACAAGAUGGCUACUGGGAGCCUGCUUCUACUGUGCGCUCUUCUGCUGUUCACCGUCAUCGGCCUGUGUGUCAGCGUCUCCAGAGAGAGAGACCAGCUGCAGGUCAUCACCGCCAACCUGACUGAAGCCAGACAUCUCCUACAGUCCACUAAUGCUAGUCUGACCCAGGAGAGGGAUGCACUGAAAACCAACAACACUAUCCUAGCAAAAGAGAGAGAGCAGCUGGAGAGCUCCUACAGGGCCGUGGUCAGGGAGAGAGACCGCUUAAACGCCAGCUACACCGACACAAAUGCAGAGAAGACACAGUUACAGACCAACUACGACACUCUGUCCAAAGAUAAAGACCAAUUGCAGAAUAGCUACAACCAACUGAAACAAGAUCAAGAAUCGCUCAACACUAGCUAUGCCAACCUUGAGAAAGAGAGAGAUGACAUGCUGAAGGGGCUCCUGGACUUGGAUUGGAGGUAUUUCGACUCCCACCUGUACUACAUCUCAACGACCAACAAAUCCUGGGAUGACGCGCGACAGCAUUGCAAAUCAACUGGAGCAGACCUGGUCACAAUAAACAGCCAAGAGGAGCAGGAAUUUGUCUCGUCGUUUAACAAGGAAGUUUGGAUUGGCCUGUCUGACGUCAACGUGGAGGGACAAUGGAGAUGGGUAGACGACAGCCCAUUGACCACCAAGUUCUGGGCCAAAGAUCAGCCCAACAGCUACAAAGGAGAACAGGACUGCGUCAAGCUCUGGCUCUCUCCUCCCCUUGAGAACUGGAAUGACGAGAAAUGUUCAAUAGUACACCAGUGGAUAUGUGAAAAACCCAUCCAGAGAUAACUAGAGAAAUGUUCAAUAGUACAACAGUGGAUAUGUGAAAAACCCAUCCAGAGAUAACUACAGAAAUGUUCAAUAGUACACCAGUGGAUAUGUGAAAAACCCAUCCAGAGAUAACUAGAGAAAUGUUCAAUAGUACACCAGUGGAUAUGUGAAAAACCCAUCCAGAGAUAACUAGAGAAAUGUUCAAUAGUACACCAGUGGAUAUGUGAAAAACCCAUCCAGAGAUAACUAGAGAAAUGUUCAAUAGUACACCAGUGGAUAUGUGAAAAACCCAUCCAGAGAUAACUAGAGAAAUGUUCAAUAGUACACCAGUGGAUAUGUGAAAAACCCAUCCAGAGAUAAUUAGAGAAAUGUUCAAUAGUACACCAGUGGAUAUGUGAGAAACCCAUCCAGAGAUAACUAGAGAAAUGUUCAAUAGUACACCAGUGGAUAUGUGAGAAACCCAUCCAGAGAUAAUUAGAGAAAUGUUCAAUAGUACACCAGUGGAUAUGUGAAAAACCCAUCCAGAGAUAACUAGAGAAAUGUUCAAUAGUACACCAGUGGAUAUGUGAAAAACCCAUCCAGAGAUAAUUAGAGGUGCUCUAAGUCUUGUUACAGGGUUUCUAAGCUAAAUUUUUUUUUUUUGUUACAUACAGCAAACAUCACCUCACCAUCUGCUAGCUGUUUGUGCCCUAAACACACUGAAAAAAAAAAAAAAAAAAAAAAAGCCCAGCCCAGGCUCCAAAAACAACUUGGUCCAACCUGGACCAUACAAACAUAAACUGUUCCAGCCAAUCACAGACAAGAUGCGUGUUUAGGACAGUUUCCAUUGCAGGGGAGGAAGUAGCCAGCUAGCUCUCUGUUUUGUUUGAACGUCAGCAGAAGCGACGUCACCCAACAUCGCUUACAGCAUCUUUAAACAAGCAAGCAAGAUAUUGGUAAUUUAAUACCAUAUACAGUAUAAGAUAGUUCUAUUGCAGCUGUACAUGUCAAUCUCAAAUAAAUGAUUCAAUUUUGAUCACA